AUGAUAAAAAAUAAUAUUAGACCGAGAGCUUCAAGUGAAAGGCUUGAUAAAUUGGCUAUUCUUGAAAAUCAAACCAAACUUGAUUGGAUAAUGAAAAAUUCGCAGAUGAAGGAAUUAAAAUCUGAUAUUAAGAUGAUUCCUAAAGAAUCUUUGUCUCUCAAUAUACAUGUUCCAGAGCACGAAGGAAUAGCAACGAUAUGGGCGGAUAAUUGGUUUGGACAAAAAAAGAUUUCACAGUUCAGAGGACUAUUGAUUUAUGAUAAUCAAUUUUGCCUAGUUUUAAAUGAUUGUUUUAUCGAAAAAAAGAAAUAUUAAUCAUCGCAUUAAAGAGCCUACUUUUUGAAACUCAUAAAUCCAACUGGACAAUUAGUAUUAAUAUUUUCUCACCCGUUGUCACUAAAAUAGUGGAAUACUUGUAUUAAGAAAUAUUGCAAAAGAAAUAAUUUUAAUAAAAAAUUCAAAGUAGUAGAGCUGAUUUGUUAAGACUUUUAUGCAAUUCAGCACAAAAAACAAAAAUAAUUAUUUACUUCAUAGGUGAUUAAUUUAACUAGAAUUCAAAAUUAUGACCAGGCAGAAUUACUUGACAAUUAUUUAAAAAUCUUAAGAAAUUCAUCUAUUAGUAAUUAUAUUUAAACUAUUGGCGUUUUUGAAGAUAAAUAAAUGCUAUUUAUAGUUUGUAAAUAUUUUAAAGGUAAUUCUCUUGAUUAAUUUUAUAAUUAAUCAAAAAAAUCAUACUUGAAUUAAUAAUAAAUAGCAACAAUAUGUGUAUCGAUAUUAGUAGCCCUGAGAUCACUCGCAGAUGAAGAAUUAUUUCAUGGAAAAAUUUCCUUUGAAAACAUUAUUUGUUACUGCAAUCGAAAAACUUAAUUUGGAACUUAUUUGGUUAAUUCGCAAUAUAAAUUUUACGACUAGAAUACCCUCUUUAAGUAUAUACAUUAGACUCCAAAUUAUUUGAUUGCCCCUGAGAUCCACGAGGGAGCAUGUCCAUCAUCAUCAACGGAUAUUUAUUAAUUAGGAGUGAUAUUAGGGUUGAUCACAUUUUUCAAUUACACUUAACCAUUCAAAAUGAAUUACUAUUAAAGUUAUGCAGAAAACUUGAUGGAACUAAUAAUAGAAUAAGAAAAUUUGAUAACUAAAUAAAAAUUUUCACAAGAGUAUCCAUAGCUAUUUAGCAUAAGUUAAUUGGAUCUAAUAAAGAAAAUGAUAUAACCUAAUCCUAAUCUUAGAAUAAGCAUAAAUGAUGCAUUAAAACAUGUUUGGCUAAUAAACAAUAAAGAAAAAAAAAUGUAAAAAUUGAUGGCUAAAUAAAUGGCACUUCCUAGUUUAAGAACUAUUAUAGAAAUCAAAGAUAGUGAGUGUGAUUUAAAAAAAACUACGAAUAACUUUUCUGAGGAGAAUAUUCCACACAUUUAAUAGGUGUAAGAUCCAAAUUCACUUUUUAUGUUAUUAAAGUAAAAGAAGAAGAUCAGUUCAGAGACUUUCGUAGAUUCAAACGAUGAGGAUGAAAAUGUGCUAAAUGAUAAAAUAGAAAAAUUAAAUUAGCAAAAUAAUUUGGUGCCUUCAUUUAAUGAUCAUUGUUUUAUGUAUCCAUCGAAAUUUCUUUGA